CUGCUGCCUGACUCCAACGUGGGUUUGUUUUCCCGGGAGACACCCCCUUGUUUUCCGGCCGCCCCUUUCGGCUCCAUCCCGCCCGUUAACUCUCACACCUUCCUGCCGGUGUCUGACCGGCCCCGUACGUGGGGAAAGGGACGCGUGCUUUUUGGGCUGGCUGUCAGCCGGCUGGAGCCUUGCUGCUGUCGGUGGGGCGGCCGCGCACCCCCCCCGGCCGCGGGGCUUCCAGCUCUCCGUGCAGUUAUUGGCCGGGACUCUGUGUGCCGCUGUCGGCCAAUGCUGGAGCGGGGGAUCGGGCGGCCCGGCCCCGCUCGGAGCCGGGACGAGGCACAGAGAGACUGAGAGCGAGCCGGGGAGUGAGUCAGUGCCGUGCCGCCGAGCAAUGCCCCUCUCCCCGCUGCACGCCGCGUCCCGGGGCGCCGGGCAGCGGCAGGAAGGGGCGAGCUGAGGACUUCUAGGGGGGGCCAGGCGGGGAGCGCUGCCGUCCUGUGCGAUGAACGGCGUCGCCGCACGGAGCCGCGGGGUGACGACGGGGAAGGUACUGAGCCUCUGGCUUUUGCUCGGCGCUUCCUCCUGGGCUUCCGCCGCCAUCCGCUAUGCGAUUCCCGAGGAGGCGCGGAGAGGCUCUGCCGUGGGGAACGUGGCGGCCGACCUGGCGCUGGACCCGGCGCGGCUCUCCGGGCGCCGGCCGCGGGUGGUAUCCGGCGGCAGCAGGAGGUUCUUCGCGGUGGAUCCCGGGAGCGGCGCGCUGCUGGUGAGCGAGCGGAUCGACCGCGAGGAGCUGUGCGGAGCGCUCUCCCCCUGCUCCCUGAGCUUUGAGAUCGUUCUGGAGAAACCGCUGGAGCUGUACAGCGGCGCCGUGGAGAUCCAGGACAUCAACGACAACGACCCGGUUUUUCCCAGCGGCCAGGCGAGGCUGGAAAUCAGCGAGUCGGUGGCGGCCGGGGCGCGCUUCCCGCUAGAGAGCGCGCAAGACCCCGAUGUGGGGAUUAACUCUUUGCAGACCUACCAGCUGAGUGCCAACCCGCACUUCGUGCUGGACGUGCAGACGAGGGUGGAUGGCAGCAAGUACGCGGAGCUGGUGCUAGAGAAGGAACUGGACAGGGAGGAGCAGCGGGAGCUCCACUUGGUUUUGACUGCGCUGGAUGGAGGCAGCCCGCCGCGCUCGGCCCAUGUGCAGAUCCACAUUGACGUCGUGGACUCAAACGAUAAUGCCCCAGUCUUCAACCAGUCCACCUACAAGGCGAGUGUGAGGGAGAACACUCCUAGUGGCACCCUGGUCGCCAAGAUCAGUGCCUAUGACCUGGACGAUGGGCCCAAUGGAGACAUUGUCUACUCCUUCAGCAGCCACACGCCAGCCAAGGUACGAGAGCUCUUUGAUCUGGACUCAGCCACAGGGGAACUGAGGGUCAAGGGGCAGCUGGACUAUGAGGAAACAAAGCUGCACGAGGUUUACUUACAGGCUAAAGACAAGGGUGCUGUUCCUGGUGUAGCUCAUUGCAAAGUGCUGGUGGAAGUCGUGGAUGUGAAUGAUAAUGCUCCAGAGGUGACGGUGACUUCUGUGUACAGCCCUGUGCCUGAGGAUGCUGCUCCAGGGACAGUCGUAGCUCUUCUGAGUGUAACAGACUUGGACUCCAGAGACAACGGUCUGGUGAACUGCUUUAUUUCCCCUGGGAUCCCAUUCAUGCUCAGCUCCUCUCUCAAAAAUUAUUACACAUUGAAAACCAAAGCAGCUCUGGACCGGGAAGAGGCAUCUGAGUACAACAUCACUGUCACAGCCAGGGACUCGGGCUCACCACCCUUGUCUGUGGUAAAACAGAUUCUGGUGAGGGUGUCAGAUGUCAAUGACAACGCACCCAAGUCUUCCCAGGACUUCUAUGAUGUGUACGUGCUGGAGAACAAUAUGCCCGGCAUCCCCAUUCUUAAUGUGAGUGCCACAGACCCUGACCUGGGGCGCAACGGCCAUCUAACCUAUUCCCUCCUGCAGGGUGACACCACUGUGGGUCAUCUCUUCUCCAUCAACCGGGAGAGUGGCACCCUCUAUCUGUUGACUUCCCUGGACCAUGAGGACCAGGUGGAGUUCAGCAUGACAGUGCAGGUCCAGGAUGGUGGCUCUCCACCUCUGGCCACCAACCUGUCAGUCAGUGUGUUUGUCACUGACCUCAACGACAAUGCCCCCACUGUGCUGUACCCCCUCCCCAACUCCACCUCCCCCUAUACUGAUGUGGUGGCACCAGGUACUCCUGCGGGCCACAUGGUCACCAAGGUGGUGGCAGUGGACGCAGAUGCAGGGUACAAUGCCUGGAUCUCCUACACCCUGUUGCAGGCCACUGACCCAACCCUCUUCUCAGUUGGGCUGCACAGUGGGGAGAUCUUCACAACCCGCCAGCUCCAGGAGGAUGAGGCUCCUCAGCACACGUUGGUCAUUCUGCUGAAGGACCAUGGGGAGCCUGCACUGUCUGCCAGUGCCACCGUCUCCAUCUCUGUGGCUGAAAGGGUCAAGGAGGUGCUCACUGACCUCACUGACAUGGUGCCCACACACGACCCCAGGAGGCACGUGACUUUCUAUCUCAUCUUGGCUGUGAUUUUGGUCUCGGCUGCUUUCUUCAUCACCAUAGUGUCGGUGGGCAUCUUCAAGUGCUACAAGUGGAGGCAGUCAAAGGAGCUGUUCAACAGCUCCAGGAGCACCCUGUACAGGACACCAGGGCCCUUCCACCACGUGGAUGCGGUGCGAGGUGGUUUCAUGCCACCCAACUUCUACCACCAGGUCUAUCUCACCACAGACUCUCGCCAGAGCGAUCUCCUGUGUAAAAAACCCUUCACUUCCAGCCCCCUGGGGAGCCGCCAGAACACCAUGAGGAAUGGUGAGCCAGGACCAUACCAUCAGAUAGUGGGCACCACCAGCCGGCUCCCCACGCCCACCGAGCAAGCUCAGCCUAACACAGACUGGCGCUUCUCUCAGACCCAGAGACCUGGAACCAGUGGCUCCCAGAAUGGAGAGGAAGGUGGAGCCUGGCCGAACAACCAGUUUGACACGGAGAUGCUGCAAGCCAUGAUCCUGGCGUCGGCAAACGAGGCCGCUGAUGGCAACUCGACGCUCGGGGGGGGCACGGGCACCAUGGGCCUGAGCGCCCGCUACGGCCCCCAGUUCACCCUGCAGCACGUCCCCGAUUACCGGCAGAACGUCUACAUCCCGGGCAGCACCGCCACCCUCACCAACGCCGCCGGCAAGCGCGACGCCAAGGGCGCGGGGUCCUCGGGCGGCAACAAGAAGAAAUCCGGGAAGAAGGAGAAGGAGAAGAAGUAGAGAGGAGACCUCAGAGCGUCAGGGCAGCGCGCUCCAGCACUCCCCCAGAACACAGGAGAACGAAUGUGGAUUUUAUUUUUAUUUUUAACAAUUUUUUUUUGGUGAUGCAAAAGUUAGGAAGCGCUGCGAAUGUAUUGUCAUCAUCAGAGCUAGGAGCAGGGGGUCUCUGCUGUUAGGUCUCAUGAUGAAAACCAAUCCGGAAAAUGAAAGCUAACGCAAACAAGUGCCCUGUUAAUACUAGCCAACGUUUUAUACGACCCCUCGGGUAUUAGAAUAUGCAAGGUGGAAGGGCUUCUGCCAUUUCUUCGGAGUUGGUUUGCUCCCCAGGUUGUCCAAGAAAGGCACGAGGCUUGUGCUCGGCUUUGUCCAGUGUAAAUAAUUUUAACAGCGAUCUUUUAAUUUAUAGACCUUUGAUCAUUUUUGGAAAGAAAAAGCAACUUCCUAGCCUAGAACCCAUUCUCCAGAUUUUUUGCUCUUUAACUUUCCUUUAGCAAAAUUCACCCUGAGCUAGUCAUAGCAGUGGAUUUGUUGGUAGGGAGUGCUUCGGUUCCUGUUUACCUGUUAUCUGAAAAAAAAAAAAGAAAAAAAAAAAUAAGUGUUUAUAUUGCAUGAAUCAAAGGGAACAAUGCAGAGCUGCAUCCUAAACAUUUAUUUUUUUUUAAGUGCAACCAGCGAUGGCCUGAAAAAUGAGAUAAAAACUCCUGGUGUCUGAGCAGGAGGGAAUUCAGCGUGGGGCUCCUGAGGUGCGCACAGCUGCCCCGGCGGUUCUGGGGGUCUCUGAAGAGCAGACACAUCUCAUCCCUCUUUUGCAGUAAAUAUUUAUAUGUACAGUAAAUGUCCUUUUGGAAUUAAAGCUAAGGGAGUCACAGCCCCCCCCACGGCAGGCUCCUUCCACCCGGGGGGGUGUGCUGGGGGCGCCUCCCCACAUCUCCCCCCGUCGCUCCUGCAUGCCCGUCACUGGCAUCACGCCUGCAGCAGUGCCCUGUGCUCCACGGACCCAGGGUGUCCUCGCAUGCCCACGAAGUUUGAGGUGGAGGCGCCGUGUCUGUCUGAGGCUGGGGGGGUCAGUGUUUUGUACUGGGGGACACAUUGGGUAUCGAGUAAGUGACGGUUGGCGUGGUGGCACCUGGGGACACAACCCGGGCCAGGGACCAGCAAGCUGGGGGCGAGCGCGUGGUGUCCCUGCAAAGGGGGGUGCAGCUGGCACCAGGAGGGUGGAGGUGGCACCAGCUUUGGGAUUGCCACCCCGCAGAGGGAACAGGAGGAUGAGGAAUAGGAUUUCUCCGCGCUGCGCACCUUUCAAGCAAACCCAGCCCGGAGAAGGGUCCCGGUGGCCUCAGAUGCACUGCCCGUGCCACUCACUGUUGAGGGCACCCCAAGCUUCCCAUUUCAGAGCAGUCGUGGGCGCCCAGGCAGGCAGAGAGGGGCUUUUGGUACCCAGAGGUGGGGAGGCAGUGGCCACCUCGGGGUCUGCUCAGUUUCCUGCGGGUUCCUUUUUCUCUUUUUAAUCACUAACACAUAACUCACCUGAGCAGGUCCAGCCCCGCACAGGAUGCUCACGGCGCCCCGUCCACCUCCACGGCUGCAGGGAGCAGCCCCCACCCCCAGUGCCGCUUCCACAGGCCCACGUAGCUGCCACGUCCCCACUAGAAACGCUGUAGAUGAAUCGUAGUCUUUAUAUUUCUUUUUAUUCUGCAAGCUGAAGGUAGUGUAGUGAGUGUCGUGUAUUUAGUGGCGUGUUAUUUUUAUCUCGGUAACUAACUUGUGGACACCAGUAUUUUCGAUUUCUCUGUAUCUUCUUUCCAUGUGGUCUGUGCUCCGAGUGUACGUGAGAUGAAACACGUUUGCCCUCUCAAUGUGUCUAAUAUUGAAUUAUACUUAUAUAUUAUAUAUAUGCUUAUAUCCUUCUUAUACCCAUAUAGACCAACGUCAAUGUGUUACACGCAAGUUUUAUACUCUAAUAUUUAUAUUGCUUUUUUUCUUUGGGAAAAAAAAAUAAUAAAAUGGUUUCUUCUGAA